GGUAACAAUAACACAGCUAACCCAGGAUGGGACGAAGUUUAUUAAUGUUAAUACUCUGUCUCCUGAUGGUAAUUAGAACAAGCAGUAACAAGAGAGUAGACGCGUACGUGGAUGGCAGGGAAAUUAGCAACGUAAGAGAUCUUAGCAAUGCAUUAGGGUGGUUUGGAGUGAAUCUGUUCAAUCUAGGAUUUCAUCAGACUCAAAGGAACCGAAUACCUAAAGUUGUCAGGAUCCGAGCACGGGAUAUCAACAACAGUGACCAUCUUGAAAACAGUGCAGUAGGCUACCUCCUACAGUUUGGUUAUAUCGAGAUGGUUACUGAGAAAACAGAAACAGAGUUGACUGAAGGAGACUACUUCAUUGACCACAAUGAUCUCAGUAAAGCACUGAGAGAAUUACAGAAGUUUCAUGGACUGGCAGUGACUGGGAGACCAAGUGUGGAGACUCAGGGUCACAUGAUGAGAGCUCGGUGUGGCAUGAAGGAUGUUCGGUAUGAUUCCCUGAACAGGGCAGAGAGAUCUUUUAUCUUAGAAAAGACCUUAGAGACUAAGCGUGUAAAGAACACUUUGAAGUACUGGUUUGAUCCUGAUAAGUACACAAAUGAUCUAGAUAAAGAUUUAGUAAGGAGCGAGGUUGAAGAAGCUUUUAAACUUUGGUCGAACACAGCAAACAUUUCCUUUCUUGAAGUGCAAAUCAACAACGAGGCGGAUAUCAGGAUAAGCUUUGAAGUUGGUGAUCAUGGUGACGGCAUCGGAGGUGCAAACUCUCACGUCACUCCAAAGGGACUGCUACACUUCGAUGAUGCAGAAAAGUUCACUGUCCAGACAGCAUAUGGGACCAACUUACACUACGUGGCGACACAUCAAAUAGGCCAUUUGUUGGGGAUACCUCAUUUUGAAGCUGACCACAGAAACAAUGUUAUGUUCCCCCUUUACCAGCGGUACAAAGACAACCGUGAACUGGGGCGCCUGGACAAGGCAGCUGGUGUAGCAGCAGUGGGAGCUGGAGAGGGGUCAGUCCAGCCUCUUAUUGAGGAGAUCAUCCUACCAGUUGAAGUGGUAAACCAAUAUGUAGAACCCACUGCUGGCAUUCCUGACAUACCUCCAGGUUGUAUCGAGAAGAUAGAUGCUGUCUUCCAUUGGGCCGGUAAUCCAGAGUAUUUAUACUUAUUUGCAGGAUCUUGGUAUUACAGACUGGUGCCAAGGAGUUCUGAUUCAGGAGACCUUCUACCUGUUUUAGACGCAUCAGUUUUACCAAAAAGAAUCGGAAUUGACGGGCUUUUUGGUUUGCCGAGGAACAUAGACGCGGCAGUAGAAUCACUAGAUAAUUCCAUCCAAUUGUACGCGUUCAAGGGAUCAAAGUACUACAUUUACAACAUGCUCUCUAGAAAAGUUAUCAAAGAAGGAUCCCUAUCAGACCUGUGGCCUGUUGACACGCCAGAUAAAAUAGACGGAGCACUCCAGAUAGAUCCCCAAACUCUAGGGUUCCUAGUGGAAGAUAAACUGUACGAGUACAAGUCGGAUACUGGAGAGUGGAGGGCGGGGUGUGAUGGAUCUAACUACUUCAGAAAGUUUGUAGGGCUGGAUUCUUUGUCAGUUGGAUUUAUCAGAGGCUGGACUUGGAUCUUUCAAGGGGCUUGGUAUUCAGUGGCAAGAGACAGGAACGGUUGGGAAUCCUACACAUUCAUGCUGCGAUCAAUUAAAGCUGAUCUAGGACUCCCCAUCUGUGCUCAACAAGUUGGUUCGCUAUCUACUAGAACGAACAGGAGAUGUGCUAAAGAGCUGAGGAAAAUGAAGUUACUCGCGGGCAGAAUGGAACCAAGUUCUGCGUGCAAAGAUUACAUUGUGGAUAGAUACAAUGUUGAAGUCGAGUUUGAUAUGACAGAUUUUAAUUAG